UGAAGAGCAUGACGAUCAGUCGGUGCGCGAACGUGCUUAGCGAAACUAUAAAGUGUGUAAGAAUUCAGCAAAUAUAAACAGUGUGACAAAUAGUUUGCAGUUAAAUAUUUUUCAUUGAAUUAAAUUAAUUUUAAUAAAAAAAAUUGUAAAAAAUGCCUGCCAAGCAGAAUUUGGUAUCGGAACUUGUUAAUCCAGAUCUGCAAAAGGAACGGGAUGGAGCUAGUUUCCGUGUUGACGAAUUUGCGCGUUGGUGGCAUGGUGGGGCGGAGAAGUUACGCCUCAAGAGAGAACUGGAACAUGAGCUCUUCAACGAUAUGACCGAGCACAAUACACUUCUACACUAUAAAUCACAUGAAGAGAUUUACGAGUUGGCGUUAAAGCAAUCCUUUCAGGUGGCAAAAAAGUUGCGUGCCAUGCAGCAACGCAUCAACCCUGGCGGCAAUGAUAUAUGGCCCAAGCUUUAUUCGUCCACUUGGAUAUGGGGUGCCACUCCGGCUGGCAACCCCUUUGUCGUUCAGUUCGCGAUGAUGGUGGACGCGAUCAAAAUGCAAGGUAACCAAGAGCAGUGGGAACGCUUUGGCAAACGCGUUGAGAACUUCGAAAUUACGGGCACUUAUGCACAAACUGAAUUGGGACAUGGCACAUUCUUGCGUGGGCUAGAGACACGCGCCGACUAUGAUCGUACCACGCAGGAGUUCGUGCUGAAUACGCCGACGCUGUCCGCAUACAAAUGGUGGCCGGGCGGCUUGGGUCACAGCUGUAAUUAUUGCUUGCUGGUGGCUCAGCUGUACAUCGACAAUGAGCCGAAGGGCGUACAAAUGUUUUUCGUGCAGUUGCGCGACGAAGAAACACAUAUGCCGCUGCCGGGCAUCGAUAUUGGUGAGAUCGGGCAUAAAAUGGGUUUCUAUGGCGCUAACAACGGUUUCUUGGGCUUCAAAAAUGUACGCAUACCACGCACGAAUAUGAUGAUGCGAAAUGCUAAAGUACACCCAGACGGCACGUUCGUGAAGAGUCCCGCUUCCGUGCUCACCUACUUCACCAUGGUGAUGAUGCGUUGUAUGAUUGCGUCAGAUAAUGCAUUGCUGCUUGCUUCAGCAGCUACAAUUGCAACACGCUACUCAGCUGUGCGUCGUCAAAGUCCCAUCAAUCCGAAUGAACCCGAACCACAAAUUAUCGAUCAUGUAACACAACAAAUGAAACUCUUUCCCGAAAUUGCUACGGCAGUCGCACAUCACCUCGCCACAAAAUCGCUGUGGUCAAUGUAUUAUGAGACCUACGGUGAUAUUGAGCGUGGUAAUUACACACGUCUACCGGAAUUGCACAACUUGGCGUGCUCUUUGAAGGCACUUUGCACAGCUGAUGCAAAUGCGGGUGCCGAACGCUUACGUUUAGCUUGCGGUGGUCAUGGUUACUUGACCUCAGCCAAUUUGCAUAUAAUGGUGGCGUCUGCCGCGGCUGCUUGCACCUAUGAGGGUGAGAACACCGUGCUGCUCUUACAGGUCGGUCGCUUUCUUAUGAAAUCAUGGCGCGCUGCUAGUGAAGGUAAGCCACUCACACCGACAGCGAGUUAUUUAGCAGCGCCGGCGCAAGGCAAUGGGUUCGGCAAAUGGACGGGUGAUUUGGCGAAUAUUGUUAGUGCGAUACAGUAUGCAGCAGCGAACAAAGUACGUUUGGCUUUUGAGAAUAUGGCGCAACGUUUGAAGCAGGGUCAAACCCAAGAAGAAGCGGCCAACAAUACGGGCCUGGAGUUGACACAAGCCGCAGAGCUCCAUGGCCGCUCAUUUAUUGCCGCGACAUUCCUGGCUCAUGUAACGGGACCUGCCGCUGAAGAGCGCUCUGCUGCAUUCAAUCGUGUGUUGCAGAAUCUUCUCGAACUCUAUUUGGUGCAUACAGCACAACGUCACUUGAGUGCCAUAAUGCAGUGUAUCAGCUUAAGCGACUCUGAUUUGCGCACGCUGCAAACGCGCCUCGAAACGGCGUUGAAGAAAUUGCGGCCGGAUGCUGUGGCGAUGGUCGAUGGCUUCGACUUUCAUGAUCGCGCUUUGAGUUCCACCUUGGGCUCCUAUGCUGGUAAUGUAUACGAGAGCCUCUUUGCUGUAGCCAAGCAGAGUCCGUUGAAUCAACAACCCGUGCCAAAAUCUUUCCAUACAAUUUUAAAACCUUUUCUUAAGUCUAAUUUAUAACCAAGUUUUUGUGUAUAUUAAUAAUGUAGAAGAUGGUUUUGGUUGUAUAUAGUAUGUUUUGAAAAAAGCUUUCAAAUUUUGUUAAUAAAUCGUGUGUACUUGAAAAAAAA